UCCAAAACAUUAGAAGAAAGAAGUUCGGAGGUCAUCGUUUCUUGGGCCGCCGCUAGUGUUUUACUAGCAGUGUGUGUUCGCUCUUUUAUAAUGGCAAAACAUCACCCAGAUUUGAUUUUUUGCAGGAAGCAGGCUGGAGUUGCCAUUGGAAGACUGUGUGAAAAAUGUGAUGGCAAAUGCGUUAUCUGUGACUCUUAUGUCAGGCCUUGUACAUUAGUUCGUAUUUGUGAUGAAUGCAACUAUGGGUCUUACCAAGGGCGCUGUGUCAUUUGUGGAGGUCCUGGAGUAUCUGACGCUUACUACUGCAAAGAGUGCACCAUCCAAGAGAAAGACAGGGAUGGCUGCCCCAAGAUCGUGAACCUCGGCAGCUCCAAGACUGAUCUUUUCUAUGAAAGAAAAAAAUAUGGUUUUAAGAAGAGGUGAAGAAACGGGGAUUUGCCUUAUUACAGUUGUUUUUCCAUGCAAGAGUUUUCCAUUUUGGUAUCAGACAUGUUGUUACAAUAAAUUUUUUUAAUGUUG